CUUCAGUUAGUGUUGCCGCAAGCACCAACGGAUAAACAUUUUAGGCGUCACAUAAACACACAAGCUCAACAUAUUGUUGUGGCUAGUGUGUAAAUCAUAAAAAUUUUGAAAAUAAACUAAAAGUUAAUAAAUUUUGGUAAGAUGCCUUCGACGUGCGAAUUUCAAUUGAACAGCCCCAAUGGCGUUUAUUACAGCGGCCAAUGUGUUAGUGGAAAUAUUAUUUUGAAAACCGAAUCCGAGAAAGAUAUACGCAGCAUUCGCAUACGUUUCUUGGGUGAGUCGAAGGUUAGUUGGGAGGAGCAUGAAUCUCACAGGGACUCAGACGGUCAUACCAGGACAAGAACUAUCUAUUUUCGAGCCAAUGAAGUGUACAUCGAUAAUUCCACCAUGGCGCGUGGUGCUGGAAAAUUGCCUCGCGGUACAUACACCUUUUCUUUCAACAUAAUGUUGCCCAUGGCUUGUCCCACUUCGUGCGAAGGCAAAUAUGGACAUACACGUUACGCUUUGUGGCUAAUAGUGGAUAGGCCGUUGCGUUUUGAUAACGAAUUUAGCAAACCUUUGACCGUACUUAGAACAGUGGAUCUCAAUUUGAACCCAGCAUUCAAGGUGCCUGUUCAAGCUGAGGAGAUAUGUUCUUUGGGUUGCUGGCCCUGCAGCAGUGGCAAAAUCACUUAUAUACUACGAGUGCCUUUCGGUGCCUAUGCACCUGGUCAAACCUUACGCUAUUCUUUGCUUAUACAAAAUCAGUCUAUGUCCGAUAUAAGCGGCUAUGAAGUCGAGUUCAAUGAAACGCUAACAUUUACCGCCCAUACGCCGCGUCACAAGACACGUACAACCGAUAACACACUGGCGCACCAAGCACAUGAGGAUAAAUGUUUACGCCUCUCAAAUCGCGAAUUCCAUGGAGAAUUAGUUUUACCCUCACUUCCUCCGGAUACAGAAGGCAGCGGUAAGUAA